UGGUGCCGCCCAGGCUGGGCCGGGGAGCGGGGCACACACGUGGGCCGGGCCGCACCGCGCCGUGCGCCGCAGGAUGCUGUGCUGAGGCGGAUGAUGGCUGUGUGGGCUCGGCAGCCCUCCCGCUGGUGUUGCCUGCUGARCGCGGCCCGUGCUGUUGCGUUUCCUCGGAGGCUGAGGAGUCGCGGCAGCACGGCACAGGCCUGCCCUGAGUUUGCCCCUCUGGUUGUGCUGCCCGCUGGAAAGGAGGUUGUGUGGAGACUGCAGGCGUACAGGCGUGUGUCUCUAAGAAGCUCUUCCCCGCCCGACAGCGCCAAGGAUGGAUCCUUCUCGUCUCCCGMAAGUCACUUGCCUUCAGUACCACAGGAGCAAGCAAAGGCAGAAAUAUUACCUGAUCUGAAUGCAAAAAUACUGGAYGAAGACUGGGAUGACAUCCCACCUUCAUCUGCUUUGGAAGAGAUUUCUGAGGAAGAWGCUGUACAGAUCAUUGCAGAACCACUUCUCCCCCUUCAGUCUUCCACACUCCGAGAUUAUGUUGAUCACUCAGAAACCCUUGCCAAACUUGUCCACCUAGGAGUUGACUUAUCCCAAGUGGAGAAACGUCAAAAGGCAGGUCAGCUCUUACUGACCUUGGAUUUUGAGAAAGAUAUUAAAAAAAUACUUCUAUUUCUUAAGGAUGUGGGUCUAGAAGACCAUCAACUGGGACCAUUCCUGACCAAAAAUCCAUACAUCCUUCGUGAAGAUUUGGAAGCUUUAGAAACCAGAGUGGCUUACCUAAAAUCAAAAAAAUUUGGUAAGUCAGAAAUUGCUCAGAUGGUCUCAAGGGCUCCAUAUUUGCUGUUGUUUUCAGUGGAAAGACUGGAUAACAGACUGGGUUUCUUCAAAAAUGAACUUGGUCUCAGUGUAAAAAAGACAAAGGAUCUGGUAAUUCGUCUUCCAAGGCUAUUGACUGGGAAAUUAGAGCCUGUAAAAGAAAWUCUUCAGGUUUGUCAAAUUGAACUUGGUUUUCAACGCAAUGAAAUUCAACAGAUAGUGUGUAAAACUCCCAAAAUUUUAACUGCAAGUAAAAAGAGACUCAAACAGACAUUUGACUACUUACACAACAUAAUGGGCAUUCCCCACCACAUGCUUACUCGCUUUCCUCAGGUUUUCAACUCAAAGCUGUUACGAAUCAGAGAGAGGCAUAUGUUUCUUGCAUUCUUGGGAAGAGCCCAGUAUGACCCAGCACAACCCAGUUACGUCUCUCUGGAUCAGCUGGUAUCCUUGCCUGAUGAGGUGUUUUGUACAGAGAUUGCUAAAGCUUCUAUGCAGGACUUUGAAAAUUUCUUAAAAACACUUUAAUUUAUAACACAUGUAAAAAAAAUCAUGGAGUAAAGUUAGGAAAUAAACAUACUUUAUAAAACUAUUCCCCUUUAUGGUCUCUUAACUUUUUAAAUUACUGGUCUAAGAAGUCAUUGUUUAUAAAAUGUGUUGGAUUUCAAACCUCACGGUAAUAUUUGUAAUAACUUAAAAAUAUAUUCAGAAGGUUUGAGUGAAUAUUUUGAUUGCUAAUAAUGCAAGCCUUGUAAUUAAUCACUAACUUAAUUUAAAGUGGAUGAUGCAGCACACAAGCAGAGAGAUAAAUUCAAAUGGAAUUUUUUUUUUUUUUUUAUAAUGGCAGAGUUUUGGGAGGCAGGAAAACUGGCUAGUGACUUAUUCCCUGUCUUGCCCUAUGUUGCCUUCUCCUUUCAGUCUCUUCCCAAAAAGUUAAAAUAGCAAGAUAGUGUAGUAGUGUGAAGUAGAGUUGUGUUUACCUGCUUGAGGUACUAAUGUUAUUAUUUUCCUUGUAUGGUAGAGAGAAUCACACCAUUAUCUAUGUGAAGCUCCUCCUACAGAAAGGUAUUCUUUCAGUAGGCUACAAAGGUGUUUCCUUGUGAAGCUGGCUGCUGAAAUUAGUAUCCCAAAAGCUGGUCAAAAAAAACCAAACAACCCCAGCAAACUGAAUUUAGGCAAAUUGUAGAAAGAAAAUAGAACUCUUAGCAUCCCCAAAUUCUAGGAAGACAUCAUUUUAGUUACUUUUCUCUUCCCUUUGUUCAGUUCUGCCCCCCAUAUCAAUGAGAUACGUGUGGCUUAACUAUACAGGUAACCCUAUGAAAAGAGGCUGUAGGAUAUAUUAAGGAGAUAAAGUUGUUCAGUUGUAAAAGCUAAAGUAAAUGCUGUCAUUGGGUAUCAUGGGAAUAGGAAAAAUACCUAAUCAUUAAACAAAGCAUGUUAAUAUGGAAUUAUCAAUUGCUUCACAGUGUAUUUGGAAAAAAUGAAGGAGCUCCCUAAAUCCACAUGCAAACUGCCUGAUAUUGUUUAGAAGUUUCCAUUCCUUGAUUAAAAACUUCUCAGGAAACUGAAAUCCAGAUGUUUUAAUUUGGAUUUAACCUUAUUUAAUAAAAAAAAGCCCUGAUGUUUUAAAACCUCAUUGUUGACGCUAAAAUUAGCCAUUUUUAUGCACACAGCAGAAUAAAAUUCAAAAGAUUCAAUUAUACCAAUAUGUGGGAAAUAAAGUAAGGUUAAAGCGACAUUUAAAGAAUGAGCAUAGUAGUAGUAAUCUCUGGAUUAUGACUUUGGAUAAAUUCUUAACCAAAUUAAAAAUUUGAAAAAGAAGUGCUUGAAAUUGAAAAACCACAUUCAUUGUCUGCAAUAUAUAUCUGAGAUGCUCUCUCAUCUUUUUUCUCCUGUUUCUUAUUGGCCUGGGACGAUAGUUUGAACUCUUCUGGUAAACAGACUGUUCUUAGUGGAGAGCUAUAACACAUUUCAUGGUGGUUGAAAUGUGAUGGCUAAGCACUUUCACCCAUUUCUUCCUGUUAAAUAAAAGUAUCCAAGAYCAAUAUUCUUACUUGGAUUUUUGACUGUAUUAAAUGCUAAUAACAAACUGUAAUCUUCAAACAAUCUUGUAAAAAUAAAAUUUAUAGCAAAAAUGUUAAUACAAAGUAUGUGGGUUUAUAAAGUUUGAAUUAAUUUUUGCAGAUUUGCUCCACUAGCCUUAUUAUUAUGUAUUACCAUAUGAUAAACCAUGUAAUAGAAGUUAUUUUAGAGUGUGUAUGUUUUGAAUGUCUCAAACUUUGAGUAUUAAAUUSCUUUAGUAUUUUUUAAUGUAAAAAUGAUUGC